CAAGUGAAGAUGGCGGACGUGCUAAGUGUUCUUCGUCAGUAUAACAUCCAGAAAAAAGAAAUUGUCGCAAAAGGAGAUGAAGUUAUAUUCGGGGAGUUUUCAUGGCCGAAAAAUGUCAAAACCAACUAUGUCAUUUGGGGCACCGGGAAGGAUGGUCAGCCCAAGGAAUACUAUACUUUGGACUCCAUCCUGUUCUUGCUUAACAAUGUCCACCUUCCUCACCCAUCCUAUGUGCGAAGAGCUGCAACAGAAAACAUUCCGGUAGUAACAAGACCCGAUCGAAAGGAUUUGCUUUCUUAUCUCAAUGGAGAAAGUUCCACUUCGGCAAGUAUUGACAGAAGUGCACCCAUAGAAAUCGGGUUACAAAGACCAACGCAAGUUAAGAGAGGAGCAGAUGAAGUGUCAUCAGAAGCAAAGAAGCCAAGAAUAGAGGAUGAGGAACGUGUGCGUUUGGACAAGGAGCGUUUGGCUGCCCGUCUGGAGGGGCACAAGGAGGGCAUUGUGCAAACGGAUCAGAUCAGGUCUUUGUCGGACACAAUGUCUGUCGAGAAAAUUGCAGCCAUCAAAGCAAAGAUCAUGGCAAAGAAGCGAUCAACAAUUAAAACAGACUUUGAUGAUGACAUCGCUCUGAAACAGAGAAGUUUCGUUGACGCAGAAGUGGAUGUCACCAGAGACAUUGUGAGCCGAGAGAGAGUGUGGAGAACAAGGACCACAAUUUUACAGAGCAGUGGAAAGAACUUCUCCAAGAACAUUUUUGCGAUCCUUCAGUCGGUGAAGGCCAGGGAGGAGGGCCGAGCUCCAGAACAGAGGCCGGCGCAGAACACCACCCAGGUGGAUCCAUCAAUCAGAAACAAACAGCCUGUGCCAGCUGCAUACAACAGAUACGAUCAGGAGAGGUUCAAAGGAAAAGAGGAAACUGAGGGUUUCAAGAUUGACACAAUGGGCACUUAUCACGGCAUGACUCUGAAGUCUGUGACGGAAGGUGCCUCUGCCCGGAAGGCCCAGACACCAGCAAUGCAGCCUGUUCCUAGACCAGUUUCUCAAGCCAGACCACCCCCUAACCAAAAGAAGGGAUCCCGAACCCCGAUCAUCAUUAUACCGGCAGCCACUACAUCGCUGAUCACCAUGCUAAACGCAAAGGAUCUUUUGCAAGAUCUCAAGUUUGUCACAUCGGAAGAAAAGAAGAAGCAAGGCAUCCAGCGCGACAAUGAGGUAUUACUUCAGAGGCGGAAGGAUCAGAUCCAGCCAGGAGGGACCACGCUCAGUGUGACUGUUCCUUACAGGGUGAUCGACCAGCCUCUUAAACUGGCGCCACAAGAUUGGGAUCGUGUGGUGGCUGUUUUUGUCCAAGGCCCUGCCUGGCAAUUCAAGGGUUGGCCAUGGCUGCUGCCUGAUGGAUCCCCCGUUGACAUAUUCGCAAAAAUUCGAGCCUUCCACCUGAAAUAUGAUGAGGCAAAAAUGGACCCAAAUGUUCAGAAGUGGGAUGUUACAGUACUGGAGCUGAGCCAUCACAAGCGCCACCUGGAUCGGCCCGUCUUUCUGCGCUUCUGGGAGACAUUGGACAGGUACAUGGUGAAACACAAAUCUCACCUGAGAUUCUAAGGCCCACAUCUGCCUUGUUUUGGUUACAAGAAGAACAAGGAGUGUGCUGUUUCUGUCUGGGUGGAGUGGACUGCAUUUCCUUGUGUGUCUGAGUGCCCCUCUCCCGUCACCCAGAGCUCCAUCUGCCGUGAACAGCGUCCUCUUGCACUCAAACACAUCCAUUUGGAGGAUACCUCCCCCCACCAUUGUCAAAAUGAUUGUCUGCCUUAGUUAGGAGUAAAUGUUUGUGCAUGUUUUGCCAGAAGUGGUGGGUCUGAGAGAGAGUUUUUUGGGAGGAGGUGGGUGAAGGCAGAGGAUUCCAUUUCUUCCCACUUUGUCAUGUAGUAAACAUACCAAAACUAUAUUUUUCAAUAGUAGACUAUCUUCGUGAUCAGACCGAGGAAAAACAAUGCUAUUUCCUUUCAUAGAUGGAAUUUUUUUUGUUAUUCUAUGUGUAAAAUAAAUGGAAUGAAAGAAUAAAAGAUAAAAUGAUGAUAUAGAAAGUGUUGAAUAAAGUAACUGCUGAGAACAAGGGAUAUUAUUCUGCUGGUUGAUGUUCUCCCCCCACCUUAUUUCUUUUCUACAGCUGUUCUUUACUUAUAGCUGUCACCAUUAGUAGGUGCUGAUUUGGCCACAGUGUGAUCCUUGUGCUUGGGUUGAAAUGAGGAACUACUUCCAUGGAGGCAAAUGUGUUGGAAUUGUAUGCAUUGCUUGUACAAUGAAACCUUCCAUCUUCAGGACUUUUUCCUGAUUCAGGAAUUUGAUUAUGUGCCACACACAUAAUCUGAUUUUAUUGUCAUUAAUGAGACUUGUUUCUUGUGAUGACUCGUGACUUUUCUCUUCAUCAAAACAACUUUUUAAAAGCAAAUUCAUUUUUGCUGCCUUUCAGCUCUUACACUUUUAUAAAUGUCUCCAUAAAAACUCCCAUUCAUUUGUAUCUACAAUGAAUAAGGGUAAUAAACCUUAGUGAAGACAAAAA